UUCGUUGCCAUAGCUACCGCAACGCGCUGCCAGCGCGGGAAGGACUGCCAUGGAGAGCCGCCCGGGACGGGACGUCCUGCGAGAGCCUUGGGGAGACAGUUCCGGAACGGGGAGCGCCGGGGGGCGCUGAGCGGUACCCAGCACCUGGCGCGAGGGGCCGAUGUGUCAUGUGUACUGUGGUUAUUCCUGCAGAAAGGUUAAAAACUUGACCUCGCCCUUUGGCGAUGGAAGGUGCCUCGGAGAGCUGUUCUGAAGCUGUUCCAGCAGGAACAUGGUCAGGAGAGCAGCCGCCUGCAGGACCCAGGCAGGCCGGCAGCACGGAGCCGUCGAGAGAGGCCCUGCUUUGCCCCGCUGCCAGCACGAUGCAGGCAGAUGAGGGCUGCAAGCUGCCGGCCUCUCAGGGGCAGGCAGGGGCAGCUCUGCAGGAGCUGCCUGGAGAAGGACUUGGUCAUCAUGAGGUGAUGGGAGAUGGCGAUCAAGGUGUUCUUGAGCCAGAGGGCCCAUUCAGUGCGUCACCUGAGAAUGCAUCUCCUGUUACCAUUACAAAUUCCUCUACUUUACCUGAAUUAAGAAGUUCAGAAAGGGAAGAAGAAACUUCUCAAAGUGCAGCGUUGUCAGAGAAUACAGCAAGUUCAACAGUGACAGGAAGCAUAAUUGAGAGUACUCAAACUGUUACGUGGAGUUGGGCUGAAUUUCAUGAAACUAUCCAGUGUGAGAAGUUGUGUCUUGACCUGGGAGUUUUACCUAGCAAAGCGGCUCAACAGGGUUACCACAUGCCAGAUGUCAUCACUGUCAGAGUACAAAUGGAUUCUGAUUCAUUCCACAAUGUAGCUGUGAAAAUCGAAAGACCUACUUUUCGUAAACCAUUUCUGGGUGGAUUUAAGAACAGAGUAACAGGAGUGGAAUUUCAUCAUGCAGGGUCACAGACAGUACCCAAAAAAAGACCUGAAAAAGGAACUACGUUAUUUUGUAGAGAAACACAGACAGUUUUUGAAAGAAAUAAAUAUCAACAAACAACAAAUCCAACAUCAACACAGAUGACUAAAAGAGGCGUGUAUGUGUCAAACAUGAGUGACAAACUAAUAACCCCUGGAAAGUACCUUACAGCAGAGGAAUACCAUAAGCGACGACUUGAAGCAGUAAUAGUAUUACAGAAAUAUUUCCGUCGUUGGUACGCUAGAAAUCUAGUACAAAAUCUGAAGGAAAAAAAGAGAUUAAGGCUGGAAUGGGAAGCACAAGAAGAGUUACAAAGAAAAAAAGAGAAAGAAGACAAACUGAGAAUGGAGCAGGAGAGAAAACUGAACCCUAAAACAAAAGAAGAUUUCGACCUGCUUUACCAUGCUUUAGAAUCAUGGAGGCAGGAGGAGAUGGAACGGAUUAACAGAACUCUUACUGGAGCUGAAAGAAAGGCAGCACUUUGUGGACUUCUAGAACAAGAGACAGAGCUGAUUGCUUCCAUUGGGAGACACAAGCUAAAUGCAGAGGAGGAGAAUCAACAAAAAGCAGUACUGCACUUUCUGCAUAAGUGUGCACAACCUAAGAGAUGGAAAGCAUGUGAUGGAAAAAUCACUGAAAUGGAUACACAAUACACACUCCGUGCCAGAGAACUACUUGAGAUCUACCGCAGUGUUAGCAUGAAUGACAUCCCGAAAGAUGAGAGAAGAGAUGUGCUGUUAAUGCUCAGAGGUACAGUGAAGGAACACGAAUGUAAAUUAACACAGGAAAUAGUGGAAUUAAUUGACAGGGAAGUUGAUCUUAUGUCAAGAGAAGUAAAAGAAUGCAACUUAGAAGGACUGAGGAAAAGAAUUUGUACACUAUUUCUUCAGUAUAUUAAAAUUCCGAAGUUUAAUCCUGAAGUUGCAAGGAUACUUAAGGUUCCACCAGAUCCCUUAAAGCUUUAUAAAAAUGUUCACUUCUGUCGUAGUUGUGAAAAUUACUUAUCAGCUACUGAGUUUCCUAUUCCUGCUAAUUCCCGCACCAUUGGCAGAUGUCACUUGUGUUGCAAGCUUGAUAAUGAGGCUCGGCGACGAGAAUCAUUUCUGAAGUACAGACUUAUUCUAGAAAAUCUCAGAAAGUCUGAAGUUGAUUAUCAGGAUGAUGCUAAAAUUGUUUUCUUAGUUCAGCAGCAGCAUCUGCAGUACAUGAUUGAGAACAUAUGGGGCUGUCAGUCAGCUCUUAGUGCUUGCAAUGACCUCUAUGAUUUGGUUAUGGUCAGAUGGGAUAAGCAGCAAGAGUGGUCUCCAUGGAACACUAUUCUCCUCACUAAAGACGAAGCGGAUGCACAUCUUAAGCUGUGUAACCUUCAAGAGGCUUAUGAACCGUCAUUUAUUCACGGAAUAAAGCAUAAGCAUAUCCGGGCAAAAAAGUACUUUGCUCAGAUCCCAGUGAUGACAUCACUUUUCCGUAGGAGUGACAAGCAAGCUAAUGCAAGUUAAUUUUUAAUAGCUGUCCAUAUUCCUCCUGAUAUGAAAACAUAACUCUUCAGCUAAGAUAACUGAAGUCAAAGAAGUUUACUGAAUUAUUUAUUAAUACAAUUCCUCUGCUUUUAAAGAAAUGCGUUUUUUUGCCAACACCUUAAUUGUAUUAGAUAGACCAAAAUAAAAUUCUGAGUAUAAAAUAAUUUGAACCUGA